CUUUGGUGUUGGUUGAUAAUUGUUUUGAAUUUCAAAUGAGCUUCCAUUGUGGAAAUUCUGCACUUACUUUGGUGAUCGGAGCCUUCACAUCUGCAUCAGAUCCACUUUGCUCGUCAAUGACGCUGCCCAGAUAUGUGAUGGUUUUUACAUCUUCCUGAGCAUCUCCAUCAAGAGCGAUUUAAUUGGACUUUGGUAUGAACAACAAAUUCAAGGAAGACUUCCCUAACGAAUUACAUGGCAAACUAGCUCCUGAAGAAUUUGAAGAAAGUAUACGUAAAAUUAACGAGCGCUUGGAAAAUUCACUACCCAGUCAUGUUAGAUGGUUUGUUUGCGGGCUGUUGUGCUGUUGUUGUACAGCUGGGUGCUCACUAUGGCCAGUAAUUCAUUUAAGCAGACGAACCAAAAGAGACCUACAGAAAAUACUAGAAGCUGAAAAUAUUCGGUUGUAUUGUAAUAUUGGUUUGCGUUUGUCUUUGGUCAAACAGCGAUCUUCUGAAACUACAACACUGAUGGAAUAUGUUCUUCGAAUAGAUCAAUUGCCAAAGGCGUGUAUUUAUUUCCCUGAUUGA